UGCUCUUAAUGGGUAACUGACUCUUUACUGUUCGGUUCGGUUGUUGAAGGUUCUUCUACAGCAUGCUAGUCUGCCAGUGGUCCCUCUCCAAUUUUGAAGUUUCAGCCGAGGGCAACACUAAAGCUUCACACUAACAAUGGAGGCCGAAACUAUUCGCAGUCGAAUUGACGAAUUAUCCUCCAUCAUCCUCACAAAUUCCGGUGACGAUUCCGUAGUUUCCUCGUCGGAUUCUAAGAAGUUGCUUGAAGAUUGCUUUCAAGGUCUAGAGAUCAAUGUCAAACAAAUUGUCUCAGAGUACUUGGAUGUCGGUUCUUCCGAAGAAACAGACCUAGAUGCUUACAUGGAUCGUUUUAGAGAUGAGCUUAGGAUGACGGAGGCUGAAGGUGAUUCCUUAGCUAAGGAAAUCGAUCAUCUUAAAAAGUCAUGCACGGAAUGGACUUGUCAGUUGGAAAGUAAUCUUGAAUUAUUGCACCAUGUUGCGAAGAACACUGGUUCGGAGGAAAUGGGGCUAGCAGAAAUAGUAGAACACAAUAAAUUGAAAUCUGGAGAGGAUCAACCUGAAGCAAAAGCACUUCAUGAGGACUACUUAGAGGUUUUGAAGCUGAAACAUCAAAUUGAGAAGAACAAUAUAACAUUGAAUUCCAUGCAAGAUCUUGACUACGACUUGAAAAGGAUCGAGGCUAUUGAAAAUAUUGAAGAAGCAUUGACUGGGUUGAAGGUGAUAGACUUUGAAGAAAACACCAUAAAGGUGUCACUAAAGACGUACAUUCCAGAAGGUGUGAUGUGCCAGCUUAAUGCUGAAGAUUAUAUCAAGCAGUCUGAAGUGAACCAUGAGUUGUUAAUAGAGGUCGUGAAUGGGACUAUGGAUCUGAAAAAUGUGGAGAUUUUUCCUAAUGAUGUUUACAUAGGGGAGAUUGCCGAAGCUACAAAAACCUUCAGCAAGUUAUUUACUGUGGUGCCCCAAACAAGGUCUUCCUUGGGAUGGUUUUUGCAGAAAGUCCAAGACAGAAUUGCCAUGUGCACCAUAAGACAGCUUGUGGUGAAGAGUGCUAAUAAGUCCAGGCACUCAUUUGAGUAUUUGGAUAAGGACGAGUUAAUUAUAGCUCACAUGAAUGGUGGGAUAGAUGCCUUUAUAAAGCCUUCUCAGGGUUGGCCACUAUCAGCUUCCCCAUUGAAGUUAGUAUCUUUCCGGAGUUCUAAUCAGAAUUCAAAAGACAUUUCUUUGAGUUUGCUUUCCAAAGUUGAGGAGAUGGCAAAUUCUUUUGAUCUGAAUAUACGGGAAAGCAUAACAAAUUUUGUGGAUGGCAUUGAAGAGAUACUUUUGGAGCAAAUGCGUCCAUAACUUCAUCUUUAAUAUUCUACCAUGAAUACCACAGCUUCCUGAAUCUAGUUGUCCGGUCCACCAUUAUUUAUGUUAACUGAUGAGACCGACCUCCAAUGCUGUUUGAGUUUACUGUCCGCAGAUUUUGUUUUACAGCAAGUAUUUGUAUCAAUUUGUACUUGAAUUGGACUUUGUUUGUUGGAGCAAGAUGGGGAAAUGAGGCAAUUCCUCAUAAAUGCGGACAAGAUUCUUCACCGAUUUGGCAGUAAUGCACAAAUUGUGGCUCAGGAGUCCCGGAUGGUUUGAUACAAACGAUACUUUCAAUCUGAAAAUAUUACGGGUGCACCGUGCACCUAAUGUUUAUCUAUUGGUGAUCUCUACUACAUUUUCUCCUUAUAUGUAAGGAGAAAAUGUGAGACAUAUGCUCUAUUUUCAAUCUCAGCUGAUUGAAUAUCCCUUUCUAAUAGCUCAGAAAUGUAUACUCUUAAGAUUUUCUAGUUUGUGUUUUCUGGUUAAGUUUGUAGGACGCGUUUUGUAACAUGAUUUGAGUUGUUAGUUAGUUUACGCAUACGUGGUAGUACUCGUACCUUCUCUGUA